UACAGGGCUGGCUGAGCGCUCGCCCUCUACUCUCGGGUCUCAGGGACGUUCUGUGCCUUUCUCUUAACCUGCAGUCCCCUUACCCCCCUCAACACACGGCCUGGGUCGUGAGGCAGCCAGUACCCGGAUGACUUGUAGAUUUCACACCGGAAAUGAACUCCUUACCACACGAGACCGAGCGAGCCCGCUACUCGGCCGACAUACGGAGUUUGGCGAGUGUUUGUUUUCAAGAUAAGCGCUGUAGUGCAGCGGUAACUUGUGAUGUCGCACCGUUGUAAAAUGCUCAUUUCUCUAAGUCGACGACUAUCGGAACAUACGGAGGGUAACUGACAUAGGGGGAAGACGUGGAGUCACUAACUCGAUGUGGGAGUAAGUUAGCAUGCGGCGUCAGGCCUACGGGAUCGCUGUCAGGACGUCUAGUCGACUCCUGUUGUGUGUGACUGUGCUGGUCACUCUACUGUGUGCCCCAGGACCCACUAGGGCCAUCAACUGUAGGAUAUGUCACCCAGACCAGUGCCCGCCCGUCCCCCGGGACCAGUGUCACGCGGGGGUCGUUACUGAUAUUUGCGGGUGCUGCCAGGAGUGUGCCAGGGCCCUCAACGAAACUUGUGGGGGCAAGUAUGGUAUUUUCGGCAAAUGUGGCCCCGGACUGAAGUGUUUUAUUUCCCCCGCUGUGGGCAAGGCUAUAUCAGGACAGGAGGACGGUAUUUGUAGAGCUUUUGGCCCCGACAACUGCACCAGCAAAGACUGUGAGGCCAUUGGGGAUGUAACUCUGCAGUGCCCAUUUGAUUCGGAUCUUAUUGUCAACACCACCGGUGCCACGGCACGUUCAUUGUGUGUGUGUAAUCAUUCUUAUUGUACAGUGCCAGUAUGUGCAGCUGGAUUUGAAAGUGUGCUUCUCAAUCCUGCGGAUUUACGGCCCGGAUCGUGUUGUGAUGAAUUUGUGUGUAAGAGAACAGCACCUUGUCGGUCAGUUAUCUGCCCACCAGCUGAAGACAAGACGUGUCCGCAGGAUAGCUACGAACUGCCCAAUCAACUGACCGAUGAUGGAUGCUGUUACAUCAAGAAAAGAUGCAAAUGUAAGGGGAUGGAGUCCUGUCCAUCUGUCCAGUGUCCAGAGGGCUCGCAGCUACAGAUCAUCUCCAAGGCCACAGACAUGCCAGGCUCAUGCUGUGAUAAAUUCCAUUGCGUUAAUGACACGGGCCACACCUGUCGGUACGAGGGUCAGUCGUUUCAUGAUGGGGAGAGCUGGCAGCUGGAGAAGUGCACGAUGUGCGAGUGUCGCGACGGGCUGACGUUCUGCAAGACCAAGACGUGCAACGCACCACUGUGUGGAUGGAUGGUCAUACCAGAGGGAGAAUGCUGCCCAGUGUGUAAAGGUUGUGUGUCGGACUCUGGCAGCCUUUACAAUAACUCGGACGUCUGGAAGGAGAGUCCAUGUGUGACCUGUCAGUGUGAUGCUGGGCGGGUCCUGUGUCAGGCCGAGAUGUGUGCCGUCAGGUGUUCCAAGCCACGGCAGGUGCCCGGCCAGUGCUGUCCAGUGUGUGAUGACAUUCCUGAAGAGGACACCCCGCGACUUUGUCCUGACUCGCGGAACUGCAGUCUCACCUGCCCCAAUGGCUUGGAGAAGACGGACAAAGACUGCUUCUUGUGCAAGUGUAAGAAAGAAGUGUGUAAGCUGGCUUGUAAGUACGGCUUCACCACCAACGCCAACGGGACCAAGAACUGUGAGUGCGCGGAGCCUCAGGAUCACUGCCCCAGCCUCGACACCUGUGAGAAGCAGUGCACCUACGGAUAUAAGAAGUCACGAAACGGUUGCCGCAAAUGUCGCUGCAACAAGUGUCCCCCCCCUUCAACUGCACCAAGUUGUGUUUGUAUGGCUAUAACCUAAAUGACCAAGGCUGUCAACUGUGCAAAUGCAAAGAAGCCUUGAUGAUACCCAGUACACCAUCUAUCGACUACACAGACCCAUCAUUUUUUGGUGUCGACAAGUCGUGCAUGUCUCUGAGCGGACACCUUCACGAGGACGGAGAGUCGUGGCAUGACGGAUGUCGGAUGUGUU